UUCAUUCGAUGUAAGCACCACUGAUAGCUAACAAAAUUAAUUCGACAAGUUUACUUGCGUAUGUGUACCAUCUGACCAUCCUUGUGUACUUCUGUGUGAGCUGCUGCUGGUGUGACUGAGAGCGAUCACAGUGCAGUGAUCAUGACAUGAUGAUUUGAUGAGGGAUUUCGAAAUGGUCCUUGUUAUCAACUACAUGAACUAAGCCAACUUUCUGUUUCAGCUCUCUCAGGUUAUUUCCAUGUUUAAAUCAUGGAGCAUGAGCCUGUAGCUGGUCCUCUUGAUGAGAGUAAUGCGAGUGUAGAUCUGGAGUCUAUGGGUAUUGUGCCGUUGCCCCUCAUUAACGACCAAAAUAUACUCUCUAUCGAAGGGAGAGAUGAGAGGCUGACACUUAGUAGCACACCCUUGCCAGAAAUAAUGAAGGCUGACAAUGAAAAUGUUGUGGACUGCUCUGUCAAUGGCAUUAUAAUUAUCAAUGGUGAAAAGUUUUACGUUGGAGAAGGAUCAGCAGACAUACUUGGUCAUGUUACAACCGACCUCGAAACAGGUGCUAUUCAUAGCGUUCAGUUGGAAGGACAUACAAACAUUACAGACCAGAGCAGUGGUGCAAGUGUUGUUCAGGUGAUCACGACAAACAGUCAAAGUGCGAAACCUCCUGAAGGAAAAGUCCCAAUCAGUAGGAUUUCUAAGUCUGUGAGUUCAGAAAGUGUUGUUUCUGUGACAACACCGACAAUACCACCAUAUGUGCUUUCAUUAGAUUUAUCUAGUGCAAACUUACUUGCCAGUCCGGGACUUAUUAGACAGAAUCUGAGGCUGCAGUUACAGAAUGAGGAUGGUGUUUCCGAUGCUGCUAAUUUACCCGUGAAGCUUGUGAUGCCUUCAUCAGUACCUGAAAAAACGGUGAUCAGGGAGUGUUUGUGGAAAGACUGCGGCAAAACAUUUGAGCAGCUGGAGGCGUUGGUGAACCAUGUCAAUGAUCAACAUGUCAAAGUCUCUGAGAGGGAGGUGGAUUACGUCUGUAGGUGGUUCAACUGUCCAAGGAAUGGCAAAGGAUUCAACGCCAGAUACAAGAUGUUGAUUCACAUCCGGACACAUACGAAAGAAAAACCACAUAACUGCCCUCUCUGUGGAAAGAGCUUUUCUCGUCUGGAAAACCUCAAAAUACACAGCCGUUCUCAUACAGGAGAGAAGCCCUAUAUAUGUCCAUUUGUAGACUGCAACAAGGCUUACAGCAAUACUAGUGAUCGUUUUAAACAUGUCCGAACUCACCAGGUUGACCGACCGUAUCUGUGCAAAAUGCCCGGAUGUGGGAAACGAUACACUGACCCGAGUUCACUCAGGAAACACGUUAAAACACACGGCCAUUUUUGGCGAGAAUCUUACCUAAAAAAUGGAUAUGAUCAGUUGGAAAUGACAUGCAUAGGAGAUGCCGAAACAGACUUGUCACGAUCAACAGAUGUUUCAAAUUCGGAUAAUUCACCGAUCUUCUCAUCAACAAAUUCAAAUUGUGUAGUUUCUUCAGUUGUUUUUACAACACCAAUGAUAACAACCGUCCCUCAGUCGUCUUUUACUCCCCAAAUUAUCUCUGUUCAGGGUUCAACAAUGGAAAUUUCAGACUUGUCUUCAAAUCCAUUAUUGACAUCGACUGUUCUCACAAAUGGUGCUAGUUCUCAACACGACUGUACAAAAGAACAUUUAUCAGACUUGCGGUUAAAGGACCUUGUGUCUGAUGGAGCUGUUGAGGUCCUUGAGAAUGAAAAGGGACAAGAUACGCCAUUAGACUUGUCAACCAGUCCAAUAGCUUCCAUGGAAAUGAUUCAUACUGCCGGGAUUUAAUGAAUUGUACCUCCAUUUUGGUUUCAGAAUAUGGGUGUCUAUCCCCUAAUUCUGUGUCAGUUAUGGUAUUGUAUACUGUAAACCCGGGAAUAUUCGCAGCCGCUUUAUUUCAUGAUUGUUUACCGCAACAUUGACGUACUGGUACAUUUUCAGCAUUUUGACUAAGCUGUAAUUACAUUUAAUUGAAUUUGAUUUUCUUUUUCAUGGCCAUACAUCUCUCUGUUAAUAUGUUAAUACGUAAAAAAGGCAUGCAAACAUUUCUGGGUUUGCAGUGUUUAUUGUAUCUGCUUAUGUGUGCCAAACAUGUAUCUAUGAAAAGUCUAUUCUUCAGUUAUAAUAAAGUAUGCCAUUGAAAUUUA